AAACUUGCUGUAUAGUUAUUGAUUUGGUGAAACCUUAUACUCAUGGGACAGAUUUGUUUAGUUACUGUUGUUUGCGGGUUGAACAAAUCAACUGAAACUGCGGAGGUUAUCUUGUUAGGGUUAAACAAUUUGUUAGUUGCUUGAAAUCUGACAUGUAUGAAAUGUGUUCUUGUUUGAACAAUAUUUCUGUGGUACUGGAAAAUAUUAAGUAGUGAAGUUAUAAUUAAAUUGAGGACAUACAGGAUUAAUUUUUCUUUAACUUAAACAAUAUUCAAGAUGGCGACCUUUUCUCAGUCAACUGUGGCUAAAGGCUCUGAUUCAUUUACAGACUUUUGUUGUUCGCCAUGUUUAGAACAAAACAUUGACCAGUGGGCAGAAUUCUACUGCAAUAACUGUCUUAAAUGUUAUUGUGCGAAAUGUAUAAACCUGCAUGGUCAGUUGUUUGGGAAACAUGUGACAUAUGGAAGGGGAGACACAAACAAUGUGCUAAAGUAACCCUGAUAUCCGAGUCAGUCAAAGGACCUGCACCAGAUUUGCAGCAAGUAUCAAGAAAGAUCCAAACUAUUCUGGAAACAAUAAAGAAACUGGAGAACAAUUGGAACACCAACAUGCAGUCUUUGCAGGUCUCACGCAACAAACAAUUAGAUGAAAUACGUCAAACACGCCAGAAAAUAAAUGCAAUUUUAGACAAGAUUGAAAAGAACACAAUUAAAGAACUAGAUGAUAAGAUGACCACUCUGAAAGCUUCUCUCAAGACUGAUUUGGAUAAUUGCAGCAAGCUUAAAAAUGAACUGAAACAUCUCAGUGACGCAAUUCAUGAUAUUGUUGAUAAGGGCAAAGCAGAACUUUCAUUUAUUGCAAGUAUGAAAUGUCUGGAAAAAAUUAGGCAGUCUGAAACUUAUCUGAAGGAGAAUGCAGUUCAGGCAAAAAGGUUAGUGACAUUCCAGGCUGACAUUCAUAUUGAACAGUUUGUCUCUACACUGUCAGGCCUGGGGAGGAUUGUGCUCAGUUACCCGGAUCAGGUAUUCACUGUGCAAGGAAAGUCAGAGUAUCAUGUGGGAAUACCAAGUGAUUCAUCAUUCUGUCGUAUCAUUGCCAUCUGUGUUUUCUCCAGUGAUCAGAUCCUUCUAGCAGAUGAUUAUAAUAAUUGUGUUAAGCUACUAGAUCAGCAAUACAAGGUGGUGGCACACUGGGAUUUAAAUGCUGAACCAAGUGACUUUUGUCAAAUCACACCAAGUGAAGUAGCUGUUGCUGUAAAUGCCGAGGAGACACAUGAGGUCCAGUUUGUCUCAGUGAAUGGUGGGCACCUGGUUAUGGGCAGAAAUUUACAGUUUCAACAUGAAUGUGUUGGUAUUGCUCAUUAUCAGAAGGACCUGUAUCUCACCUCUGACAACGCACUUUACAGGUAUUCUAUGAGAGGAGACUUCAUAAAAAAACUGUAUGAGGAUACAGAAGACGAAUAAAAAGUAUGGAAGUGUGCAGUGAAUCAAACAGGUGACAAGAUAUUUUUUACCAGCUUGAACCAUCACAAGGUCCUCACUCUGGCCAGAGAUGGUACAAUACUCCACACUUUCACAGACCCAGACCUAGAAUGGCCACGUGGUAUUCAUGUGACAGCUCAAGGACAGGUGCUGGUGUGUGGAGAGGGUUCUAACACUAUCAUACAGCUUGAUUGUGAAGGCAGGAAGAAGCUGGCAACUCUCGCUACCAGUAGUGAUGGACUUAACUACCCAUUGUCAGUCUGCUACAACAGGAGCACAGCCUCAAUCAUUGUGGGACAAUCGGUACCAUAUGAUGACAACAAAAUCGUCGUUUUUAGCGUACAAUAGUUUUGUUUCACAAGUUUCAUUACCAAACAUUUUGGAAUGUGUGCUUAAAUUAUGAAUUCAUGGCGACACUAAACACAUCACAUAACUCAUAUGGAUGAUGUAUUGUGUUGCUACGGAUUGUUAUAUCCCCACAAACGAAGUUUAGGGGGGUAUAUAGGAGUGAGCUUGUCUGUCUGUCGGUCGGUCCGUAUUAAGUGUCCGCUCUUUAAUUCAAAUUGUUUUUAUCCGAUCUUCACCAAACUUGGUCAAAUCAUGUAUCUAGAUGAUGUCUAGGUCAGGUUUGAAUAUGGGUCAUGCCGGAUCAAAAACUAGGUCACGGGGUCACUUAGUGCAUUUUAAACAUUGAGCAUGGUAUCCGCUCUUUAAUUCAAGUAGUUUUCAUCUGAACUUCACCAAAAUUGGUCAGAAUUGUAUCUAGAUGAUCUCUUAGCAAAGUUCGAACACUGGUCAUGGCAGGUAAAAAACUAGGUCAUGGGGUCACUUAGUGCGUUUUAAACAUUGGGUAGUUUCAAGUAGUUUUCUUCCCAUCUUCACCAAACUUGUUCAGGAGUUGUAUCUAGAUGAUGUCAAGGAAAGUUUGAAUAUGGGUCAUGCCGGGUCAAAAACUAGGUCAAGGGGUCACUUAGUGCGUUUUAAACAUUCAUCAUGUUGUCCGCUCUCUAAUUCAAGUAGUUUUCAUCCAAUAUCUUCACCAAACUUGGUCAGAAGAUUUAGCUAGAUGAUCUCUAUGCAAAGUUUGAACAUGGGCCAUGCCGGGCCAAAAACUAAGUCACGGGGUUACUGCAUUUGUUAACAUUCAGCAUGGUGUCUUCUCUCUAAUUCAAGUACUUUUCAUCCGAUCUUAACCAAACUUGUCAAGAAGUUUUAUCUAGAUGAUCUUAAGGCCAAGUUCGAACGUCACCACACUUGGUCAGAAGUUGUAUCAAGAUGAUGUGUAGUUCAAGUUCGAACUUGGGCCAUGCCAGGUCAAAAACUAGGUCACAGGGUCACUUUAUGCAUUUUAAACAUUAAGCAUGGUGUCCGCUGUUUUUUGUGAAGACAACAUGCAAAAGAUUUUGUGUCAAUGCGGCAUGUGGGGGUAUUCGUCAGUCAUGCCUGUGACAAAGCUCUAGUUUAAUCAUGAACUUGUUUGAAAAAGUUGUGUCACAAUAAACUUCUUGGCAACAUGGAUUUAGUUUAAUUGUUUGAUGGCAUUAUUCUCCCAGGAUUUAUUGUUUUGCCACACAAUUUUAAAACAUGCUAUCAUCUGUAGCAAGAAAUCAACUCUUAUUGCUUGUAUGAUUUUUUUAAAAUUUGAAUUGCAUAUAAUAAGUGUAUUGUUUUAACGUUUAACUUUAUCUUAAAAUUGUCUGGCAUGUUCAUCAAAUUUAAUGAUUUACUUAAGGUGAUUUGUAAUGAUCUACGAUAUUUUUACGUAAUUCUUCUGCAAAGUAAAAUGAAAUGCAGAGUGCAGUUUAGGAGAGAUUUUAUAUUUUCAUUUCAUUUCUAACUGUCACUAUUUGUUCUGUUCUUAGAAAUAUUUAGUAACAUAGAUACAUAACUAUUAUGUAUUGAACAUAUUUCUUCCAUCAUUGUUUUUAUGCCCCCCUUCGAAGAAGAGGGGGUAUAUUGUUUUGCACAUGUCGGUCGGUCUGUCGGUCCGUCCACCAGAUGGUUUCCGGAUGAUAACUCAAGAACGCUUAGGCCUAGGAUCAUGAAACUUCAUGAAAGAUCAUGACUGGCAAAUGACCUUUAUGGAUUUUCAGGUCAUAGGUCAAGGUCACAGUGACUCGAAACAGUAAAAUGGUUUCCGGAUGAUAACUAAAAAAUGCUUACGCCUAGGAUCAUGAAACUUCAUAGGUACAUUGAUAAUGACUGGCAGAUGACCUCUAUUAAUUUCAGGUCACUAGGUCAAAGGUCAAGUUCACAGUGACUCGAAACAGUAAAAUGGUUUCCUGAUGAUAACUCAAGAAUAAAUUGGCCUAGGAUCAUGAAACUUCAUAGGUACACUAAUCAUGAUUGGCAUAUGGCCCCUAUUGAUUUUUAGGUCACUAGGUCAAAGGUCAAGGUCACAGUGACACAAAACGGAUUCACGCAAUGGCUGCCACUACAAGUGACGGCUAAUAUGGGGGGCAUGCAUGUUUUACAAACAGCCCUUGUUACAUUUUAUUUUUGUUAAUGACAAUAACAUGUGUUUUUAUUUUUGUCAUUUGUGUUAUUUUGCCUUAACCUUUCAUUAUGUUUUUAUAACAUAUUUUAAUCAUUACAAGACUGGUGUUUACUACUUGGUGACCAGGAGACACUCUUUGUGUGUGUUUAAGUAUCAAAUUUCCAACAACAUUGUAUGAUAUGUUUAUGCAUUUAAAUUUUCUGCUUUCUUAUUAUUAAACAGCUGCCAGUCCUGUACAAAGUACAUUUAUAAUAUUAAACAAGUUAAACAAGCCACACUUUAUUUUAAUCAAGAAACACUGAGAUAAACAUUUGUACUGUUAAUUAAUCCUUUUGAGCAAAAUUUCGGAGCUAAAAUAGCUGAAUAUUACACACAUCUUUUUAUUUUUGGGUGGGUCAUGAUUUUAUUAGCUCGGCUGUUUUCGGAGAAAACACGAGUCAUUGUCAUAGCCAGCUCGUAGUCCGCCGUCCGCGUCCUGCUAAAACCUUCACAUUUUGUUAAGGUUUUGAACAUUGGCUCAAAAAUCAAAGUGCUUCAACCUGCAACUUUGAAACUUCAUAUAUAGCUGCAACUCGAUGAGUUCUACAUGCCACACCCAUUUUUUGGGUCACUAGGUUAAAGGUCAAGGUCACUGUGACCUGUUAAAAAAAAAUAAAAAAUUUUUGACAAGCUUUCAUUUAUUCAAAACUGCACCCGUUAUGCAGUGCUCUUGUAAAAUCUAUAUUUUUAGUUAUUUAUUAACUGUCAAGGUUUACUACUGUCAUAUAUAAUUGUGUAUAAGUAUUGACGACUGACACCGAGGUGUUUCUUUGAUAUUCAAGCCUGACAUGUGACACUGGACCUUAUGGUUCAUUGAAAUCACUGUAUUUUGUUGUCAUGUAUUUGGUUAAAGCGAUAUCUUUGAGUUUAGUACAAACAGCUUUUUACAAAAGGAAAAUUAUUCGGUUUUUAAUAAAAAUACAAGUUUGUGAAUAUUUGAAUGGCUUUUCAAGUAAUUUAAUAUUCAAAUGCAAAAAUAAUUGUGUCAUCACUAUGCUACCAUAUUAUAGAUAUUUAACAAAAAUACAUUAGAUAUCAUGUGUGUACAACAUUAUA